AUGUCUAGCAGAAAGAAAAACAUUCUCAAGGUAAUAAUAUUAGGCGACUCGGGUGUGGGUAAAACGUCCUUAAUGCACCGGUACGUCAACGACAAGUUUUCGCAGCAAUACAAGGCCACUAUCGGGGCCGACUUUCUCACCAAAGAAGUUACGGUGGAUGGCGAUAAGGUGGCCACGAUGCAGGUCUGGGACACUGCGGGACAGGAACGCUUCCAGUCGCUUGGGGUGGCGUUCUAUCGUGGUGCCGACUGUUGUGUGCUGGUAUACGACGUGACAAACGCAAAGUCCUUCGAUAACAUCAAGUCCUGGAGGGACGAGUUCCUAGUGCAUGCGAAUGUAUCGUCGCCAGAGACGUUCCCUUUUGUGAUUUUGGGUAACAAAAUCGACGUUGAAGAGCCUAAGAAAGUUGUUAGUAACAGAGCAGCCCAAGAUUUAGCCAAAUCGCUAGGCAAUAUUCCGCUAUUUCUAACCAGUGCGAAAGGCUCGAUCAACGUGGACACUGCGUUUGAGGAGAUCGCACGUAGUGCGCUGCAGCAAAGCCAGGCAGAUGCAGACGCUUUCGAGGACGAGUUCAACGACGCUAUCAACAUCCAACUUGAUGGCGAGCCAAGUUCGUGUGGCUGCUGA